AUCUCAUGCCGCUUUGUUGGGGUUUUUAAUCCCCGUAUUCACUAAGUGCAACCAUCUGUAGGACAAGGGGGUUCGACUUUGCUACCAUACCGGCCGCUCGGCCCCAAGGCUCAGACACUUAGCAACCGCUCGUCACGAUCAAUACCCCAUGAGGAAACCUGGUUUUAAUGGCAUUUUCUCUCCAAUGCACACGCAUGUGCUAUAAAUUUAUACAAAUUUACUCAAAUCAACUUCAUAAGUCAUUGGACGCUGCAGUUUACAAGAUCGUCACGUCACUUUUGAAUAAUAGAGUGAUUUGAGGGAUCACCAUGGCAACCGGUCAAACACCACGGCUGCGGCGGGGAGAGAAGAAAAAGGAGUCUGUGAGCUGAGGGCUGGAAGAGAAAGACAGAGAAAGAGAGAGACGAACGAACUUGAUAUGAAUGACUUUUGACCUUGCAUAUUCUACAAGUGCACCAUCCAUCAUUCUGCUCAAAAGUGUACUUCGGAGCGGGGAGAAAAUAAUAGAUUGAUAUUGUGCGAGAAGACUGGGAGGAAAUAACAAGUGUUCUACUACCAAUGUUCUAUUGUGAUUUGCUUUCAAAGAUUUGACAACAUAACGUGGACAUCGAAAUACAAUCUGUGCAGGAAAGCAUUAGUAUUUUGUUCAUUCACCUUUUGUCAUGUUUUGUUUUUGAAUAAUGGAUACAUGGGAAUGUAGUUUGAAGUCUGCAGAUUGCUGUUUGUAACAAUCUGAGUCUGAUCUGCUAUGUUAAUGAGCUGGGAAAAGAAGAGCGACGACAUUAUUACUGUUAGCGAUUUCGCUCUGCAAAUUGAUAAUUUCAAUUUGUCACAAAUAAACCUCGCAGAGUGUUCUGGAGAUGUGCUAUCCUGAUAAUACGCCCAGAGUCGGAAUGCAUCCAAAUUAACCAGUGACACUGAAAGUAGAUUACUGAGCUAAUAAAACAGCACCCAUCGUGAUUUUCAUUAGAGAUUGUUAUGAUUCAAUGAAACCGAAACGUGUGCAAUGUACUCAUAUAUCAAAAAAGCUUAGCCUGAUCCAUUGUUCUCAACCAAAUUGUCUCAUCGAUGGAUCGCAAAUAUAUAUAGAUGACAAAGUUCUGUCUGUAUGCAAUCGAUGGAAAGGGAUCUGCGACAAUGAUAAUGCUGAUAAAAAUAUGAUUUCUGAUCGGUCAGUCUAUUGAAUUCGAGACGAUGACCCAGAGGCUGACCGAAGCCAUCGUUCGGCUUCGUUACCGCCAGAUAAAAGCUUUGCUUGACCAGGGGGUCAAUAUCAACAAUAAGCUGGACGAUGGUCGAACCCCACUGAUGGUCACCCUGGAUGUGCCCGAUGACGAAAAGCGAAGGCAUAUGUUUAGGUUUCUCGUACACCAUGGUGCCGAGAUGCUGGAGUCGGACAGUGAUGACGUCACAAUUUUUCAGCAUUGCUGUCGUCUGGGGUUCCUGGAUCUGAUGGAGAUAAUCCUAAAGAAGGCCGGGGUGAGUGCCGUCAAUAUGAUGGGACGCGAUAAACAUGGUAGAACUGCUUUGUACCAUGCAGUGGCCAGCGAGGAUGAAAUGAUAGUCAACAAGGUCCUGGAUCAUAUUGAUUUGAGACAGCAGAGCGUUGACGUACCCGACAAUGACGGCCUGACGCCGCUCCUGCUCGCCAGGCGUCUGGGGUUGACGAACAUCGCCGACUUGCUCAUCAAGAGAGGCAAGGCCAACCCACGAAUAUGCGACCGACAGAUGCACAUGAACGCAGAGGAGUGGGCUGAAGCUGCGAGACGCAAGGAAGAAGAAGAGCAAGCCCAUGCCAAGAAACUGGCGCGAGAACGUUACAUGAUCUUUCCUCCUAUAGACCAUGCCACGAAAAGGAAUGAAAGGAUCGCAAAGAUGAAAGCGAAAACCAUUUCCAUGCCAAAUCUUACCACGAAAAAUUUGAACAUCAGCACUUCGGUCUCGUCGUCGACGUCACCAUCCUUGCCGAAUAGUGCUUCGACGAUCGACAGCCAACCCGUGCGAUUGCCAAGCUUAUCUCAGUCGAACAAACACUCUCGACAUCCCUUCGCCAACGGCAACGAUGUCGAUUUUCGAACAAAGUCCAUUGACUCUGCCAUCACUCUGCUCGGACUUGCGUCACAAACAGCAGACGACAAGCAAUACGCGCAAUCGUUUGUAUCAAGCAGUCAACACGGGCCUAUCGGACAUGCGCAGAGCAAGAGCAGCAAUCGUCAAUUACAGAGAACAUGGGCGACGGUGAUGGAUGCGUACUCGGUCCAAAAUACAGCAAAUUUUCGAAAGCCCGCCAAAGCGCCUAGUCUUCCCGAUAUAAACGCCGACAUUGACGCAUCGGGCCAACGGACAAAAAUGUCGACGCUUGCGAUUAUCAUGCGAGCGACGCGAGGAGGUGGGAAAGGAAAAACGAAAAAUGGAAAACACAAAUUGAAAAGCAUUUCUGAGUCCAAAGACGAUGGCGAUCACGAGCACCGAGGGAAGCUUUCUCGAAGGAAGACGUCAACGCUUUCGACAUCGUCUGUGCGUCCAGAUGGAAAAUCUACAGAGAAUAUGUCUUCUUUGCAAGAAGAUGAAACCGAAUGGGUUAGUAAGAAUAAGAAGAAAAAAGACAGACAAAAUUCAUCUCACAAGAAUGAGCCGUUGCCAAAAAUAUUCGUGUCAUGAUCCUUUUCAGAAAGUAUACGCCUUCUCAAAAUACAAAUGUUAAUAGUGAUGUUUUAUAAUGAUACUGAGUUAUGAUAUCAAAAUGUAUUUCGUAUAAUCUACGUGUAUUUCUAUCAUAUGGUUUUAUCAUAGAGCUAUUACAGAGCUCUAUGGUUUUAUUGACUGUAAUCAAGCUCGCAGUCUGUGAGAGCCGCGGCUAUAUUGACUUAAAAUAAUAUAUAGCGCAGAGCGGCCCUUAUAAUAUAUCGGGCAUCAUAAUUUGAAAGGGCCGCUCCCACGUUUUUUUUUAAAUAUCUUGAUUGGCCGUUGAGUAGUAUAACCAUGAUGUAGUUCCCGGGGGGUGUCGCCCAAUUUUUUUUCAGGGGUGCAAAACGACCUAAUUUUGUCGUCACUUUCCCAAAUAGGUGUGUAUUGGUUUUAACCUCUUUAAUUCAUAUCUUUUUGAAAUCACCUUUUUCCUUUUGCUUCCAUUAUUGUCUCAUCCUUUCCCCUAACUUUUUUUUGGAAAAAUCAGGGGGGGGGGGUCAUUGCCCCAUGACCCCUGCUGAGAAACCCCUUGGUAGUUUUAUAAUUUGGUGAAAGGGUUUAGGUAUAACAGUGCCUUUUAAUGGCCUUGUAAUUUGCUUACCUUUAACUUGCCACUGUGACUAUUGACAUGUCAUGGUAAGAAUUUCUCCAAUAGUCGUAUUUGAAUUACUGCGUAAAAUAGUUGGCUUUUUCGAAUCACUGAGUAUGACUGACCAAUGAUUAAAAGAAUGACCUCGUUGAACAAAAUGUCUGUAUAAGUUUCACACACAAUAAAGAAUUAUUUUCUAUUUUUUUUUAAUAUUUGAUUUUCGUGCAAGUCAGAUUUAGGUGAAGUGUCAUGUGGCCCUCAAUUAUCAAAGACUUGCAUGUAAAUACACAUGUUUGUAAAGCAAUUACAUUUGUAGAUUACAUACUGCUAAUAAAAAUUGCUCUCCGUAUUUCUAAAGAGCUCUAUACAUCACGUAUAUUGUAAUCAAUUUAAUUUUGCACUUUACAUUUAAACUCCAGAAAACUUGCAAUCCACCCUUUUCCUCAUUUAAAUUUAUUUCCUUCUAUUAUUUUUAUUCAAAUAUUCCAAAAAUUACAAAUAUAUGUUAUAAUUCUGUACCCGUUCAUUUUUUGUUAACUCAAACAUGUUUAAGAAACCUCUGACUCCGCAUUUCAGCCGGUCUACCCUCGAUUAAAGAAUACCAAUAUAAAAAUCAUGCGCUUUGACAUUCUUUCCUCAGAUAUAUUGGUUGUCAAUAUAGAAAAAACACUUUUCUUGAUUUCUUUAACUGAAAUUAAAUCAGAUCACAGAAUACCGUGCAGAAGUAUAAUUAUUAUUUUCGCUUCUGGAAUAGCAUUGACUCAUAUAGUUGAUACCAUUUCGGGUCAGGCAGAAUUGAAAAAAAUAUAUAUUCUAAAUUGGUUUGUCGAUAUUAUCUGCAAUCGAGAUAUGAUAUUUGGAUGAAAACGGAAUGACUGAUUUUAUUUCAGAAUAAAAAAAGCAGAUGCAAGUUGAUUUUACUUGCUUAGUUCAUUUACAUUUUUGUUUUACGUGAUAAAAAAUAAAUCACUUGAACCAUAAAUUUGUAAUUCUCAUCUGCUUGUAGAGUAUAGGCAUGCUGAAACAUGUUUCAGAAGCGAACAUUCUUAAGAACAUCAGUGGCAUACAGAUGGGGGAGGGGGGCUUGGGGCGUUUACCCCCUCUCCUCUAAUAUUUCACGACCAAGAAAAUAGAGGAAUAGAAAGGAAAGGAAAGAAAGAAGGGUGAAAUAUGGUAGUAUUU